AGUCUUGGCUCCCGGACUGAUCACGGUGAAGAAAUCGCGCCCCCUCGCCGCCCCGGGUCGGGGGUUUGGGGGUCCGGGCUCCGAGCUGAUGCGGCCUGAAGUCACCUCGGUACCCCCCAGCCCAGGAGCGCGCGCAGGUGUGAGCGUGCGAUGAUUUGCGGAGGACUUUGUUCUCUCCAAAACUAGCGCCUGGGGGGCCCAGUCAGCGUGGGCAUCCGUGCCUUGGCCCUCUCGGCCGCCGCAGGUCUGAGCUGUCGGGCCUCAGUUUCCCCGCGACUGUUCUCUCUGCAAGCCCAGACUGCUGCCAGUCAUUGUUUUCGCUGUCAAAUGGGGUGCUUUCUGAAGGCUGCCAAGUUGGGGUGUUCCCUCUUUACCCCGUUUUUUCAAAGAGCACCAGGCCUCUAAAGAUGACCCCGGACCGCUAACCCUUCUGUCCCCCACUGUAUGUUGAGGCACUGAUUUUUUUAUUUUAUUUUCUUAUUGAGUAGUAUUUUAUUGUACCGGAGCCACGCCCUGGUUUCUUAAAGGCGCCUGUACUCUGUUUGGCCAUGUGUUAUCUCUGCAGCCGGUGUGUGGGAGGCCUCCUGUGAGCCACCAAUUUUUCCCUGCCUUCCGAAACGUCCUUCCGGCCCCUGUCAAGGAUUUGGGGAUGCCAGGAGGGAAGAAGGUGAUCGGGGGCGGUGCUGCCCCCGCCGCUGCCUCUGCUGCCUCCCCUGGGGCCAGGCGUUUAGAGACCAGCGAAGGGGCAUCCGCCCAGAGAGACGAUGAGCCAGAGGAGGAAGGGGAAGAGGACCUGCGAGAUGGAGGUGUCCCCUUCUAUGUCAACCGGGGCGGACUGCCUGUGGACGAGGCCACCUGGGAAAGGAUGUGGAAGCACGUGGCCAAGAUCCACCCCGAUGGAGAAAAGGUGGCCCAGCGGAUCCGUGGGGCCAUGGACCUGCCCAAGAUUCCCAUACCGACUGUGCCUACGUUCCCGCCCUCCACGCCGGUCCCUGAGCGCCUGGAAGCCGUGCAGCGGUACAUCAGGGAGCUGCAGUACAAUCACACAGGGACCCAGUUCUUUGAAAUCAAGAAGAGCAGACCCCUCACAGGGCUGAUGGACCUGGCCAAGGAAAUGACCAAAGAGGCUCUGCCAAUCAAAUGCCUGGAAGCCGUGAUCCUGGGAAUUUACCUCACCAACAGCAUGCCCACCCUGGAACGCUUCCCCAUCAGCUUCAAGAGCUACUUCUCAGGGAACUACUUCCGCCACAUUGUGCUGGGGGUGAACUUCGGGGGCCGCUACGGGGCCCUGGGCAUGAGCCGGCGCGAGGACCUGAUGUACAAGCCCCCCGCCUUCCGCACGCUCAGCGACCUCGUGCUGGACUACGAGGCCGCCUACGGCCGCUGCUGGCACGUGCUGAAGAAGGUGAAGCUGGGCCAGUGCGUGUCCCACGACCCGCACAGCGUGGAGCAGAUCGAGUGGAAGCACUCGGUGCUGGACGUGGACAGGCUGGGCCGCGAGGACUUGCGCAAGGAGCUGGAGCGGCACGCCCGCGACAUGCGGCUCAAGAUUGGCAAAGGGACCGGCCCUCCCUCCCCGACCAAGGACCGGAAGAAGGAUGUGUCGUCCCCACAGCGGGGCCAGUCCAGCCCCCUCCGCAGGAACAGCCGCAGCGAAAGGCGGCCUUCGGGUGAGAAGAAGCCUUCCGAGCCCAAAGCCAUGCCAGACCUCAAUGGGUACCAGAUCCGGGUGUGAAGCGGGUGGCAGCACCCGGCCUUGCACACUCCGGGGGGCCAGGAUCGCCUGCCAGAACCAGCCUGGCUCCUGGGGAAGGCAGGGCUGGUGAUGGGGCAGGUGAGCAGCGGCAGGACGAGUGUGUUCCAGCUCAGCCACCAAGGCUGCUGCCCCUCCCACGGGGCCAAGCUCCUAACUUUGGGCGAGAGGCAGUGUUCUAUUUGGAGUUUUUAACUUGACAACUACAGCUUACGGUAUUUGGGAAAAAUGAAAAAUGUGAUGGACCUGCCACUGGCUGGCAGGCCUGUGUUUGGGAGAACUAACUGCCAUGCGGCUGAGUGAGGCAGGGGUGCUGGCCCUGCUGGUUCCCCUGCCCCUGGCGACUCUGGGAAGUGGGUCCAUCCCACGUAUGGGAAAUCUCCCAGCCCACAAGGCCUGUGGCGGGACGGCAGAGGGUGGAGGUGUUUCUCCACGCCCGCCUGCCCUGGCAGCAUCUUGACACAGGGAAAAGGAAGCAGGGUAGGAAGCAUCCUGGGAGAGGUCUGUGGCCCAUCUCAGGAGCUUGACACAGGUGACAUCUCCCCAAGGGCGCGAGUCCACGGCCCAGGAGAGCCUUCGUGACCUUGCAGCCCCAUAGACAGAUGGUGCUCUGAGGACUGACACUGACCACUGGCACGCCCCCUGCUGGGGGGCUGAGGGAGAGCCCAGGAGAGACCCACUGGGGGAAGAGUUCCCGAGCCCCUACCCCCUCUUGCUCAGCCCAGAUCUGCCUCUUGCUGAAGCUGGGCUCCCUGCAGAGGGCUGGGCAGUGCUGAGGGAACAGAUUUGCACUGGGUUCAGCGUGAUUGUGGGGACUGAACAGAGCUGGCGGGCCCAGGAGCUGUGGCUGGGGACAGGGUGGUACACUCAGGCUUGGGUCUGUCCCCUUUCCUCCCCCCUUCCAUUACCUCAGCCCUUGUUGCGGAAAUGAAGACCUGGUCAGAAUGCUUGUGCCUCAGGUCCACCUCCCCUCAUCUAGCAGCCUGUUUAGGGUUGGGGGUCCCAGUGAUGAUCAGGCCUGUUGUCAGGGAAGAACCUGAACAGCCGGAGUUUGCACAGCCCUCCCAUCUGGCCUGAGAGAACUGGCGGGCAGGUGAGAGGUAGUAGAAAGAGGUUGGUAGGGUCGGGGGAAGGUUCUAGAGUUUUAAGCAACCAGGAGGUGGAGGGCAAGGGUGCAUUGUGGCCCCUGAGGAGGGGCAGAGUCUGAGAACUGGGGGGUGUAAGUGAGAAAAGGAUUUGGGGGAGAAUUUAGAGUCAGGCUGCCUUGGGGAGCAGUCAGUUCCCUAUUGCUGGAGGGAUUUAGGCAAUGACUAGAUGGCUACUUGUCAGAAAGCGGUUGAGAGGAUUCAGGUUAUGAAAGGGUAGCUGGAUGGGAGGACCAUUAAGGUUACUUUUAACUGAGAGGCUCUGAUUCAGCCAAGGGCAGCUGUCAUAAGGCUACAGCGGGGCUUGGAGCCUGGAAAAGGGAGGACCAGAACUAGAGUUGUAAACUCAGAUAACCUCACAGGGCCAGGCAGGUGAUGAAAAGGAGGACUGCAGGGCUGGGUGGGGACUGUGGCAAACUAAAGAGGGCAUAGGCCUCAUUAAAGCAGCCACUGCUGCUCAGUUGUUCUCAGAGUGCAGGCCCUGCAUUGCCAGAUUUUCUGAGAUUUUCAGAGGCCAGAACUCUGAAUUUUUAUGUGAAAUAUUCUGAUUUUUAAAUGUUGGCAAACAGUUCGGGGAAUUUUAAAAGCCAACAUGAAGGAGAAUGCCUAGUUGUAAUCUCUGAAGUGGAGAGCUUGUGCUGGGAAGGAGUGCACGGAUGUGCUUACAGGAGGGAAAUGUGAAAGUCCUAGGUUUCCCAGGGCUGGCCAGGCCAGGGCAGGGGCCUCGCUGCUGAGGCUCCGGAGUGGGCAGCGUCCCAUGUUCCUCACUCUCCCUGCAGACCAGUCACUCACCAGAGACUCCAUGGCUGCUGUGUCACCAGAGGGGGUGGAGGGGAGUAGCGGGAGUGCAGUUCUCAACCUGCUCCGGAAGCAAAGAAAGUAGGAGGGAGGGAGACAGGUCUUCUUUGCUAAUGGGAGCAUCCAUCAGGAGUGGCACCAGGGGCUGGCAGCUCUUCAAACCAGCAGCUCUUAGCCCAGAGCCAGGCCCAGCAGGGAGGCCAGCUGGUCAGUCCCUGGGGUUCCUCGUGGAUCACUGGUCCCUGGCAAGGUACUUAACCUCAGCCAGAGCAAGUCGAGGGCCACUGUGACCCCUGGCUCACCGUCCCAUCCCAGCUCUCAGGGAGUGGGGUGGUGGUCCUAAUGUCGCCACAUUCACCUGAGACGGAGAUGGCUCACUCGGGAGGCAUGAGGCUGAAAACGAGGCCAUUUCCAGGUCUGGGUGUGAGUGCCUCGUGCAGGCCACUCAGCAGAGAAGUGGCCCCACCUGCCCCGGUGGACCACAGGGCUUGAGACACACGAGAGGGAGCUGGGAGCUGGAAGCUUGGGUCAGGAAAACAGGGAAGCUGCUUCCAGCACAGAAGCCUAGAAGGAUGCUCCAACCCACAGGUUCCACUACAGAGCCCUCUGGGAAGAAGGAAGCAGAAUGAAGUCCCUACCCCAACUGCUGUCUGAUCAUUCUAGCUGACAAUCCCCAGCACGCCCCCUCCUGGCUGAGACCUGGGGCCUGUGGAGACCACCAGGGAUACAGUGGUGCUUUUAAUUUAUUUUUAACUUUCUCAUAUGUAGCAACCCCUCUGGGCAUGUUUACACAGGCUCUGCUUCCUGGGGCUGGCCUGGCUGCAGUUUCUGGGGAGGCAGAGGCAGGGACUUUGAGGCCUUAGUCACCAUCCUCAGUAUCACCUCAUCUCACUUCCUGUGAGGACCAGCAGCCUGGCUCCCCCUGACUCAGGACUGCCUUCCAGCUCUCAGUGUGGGCUCCUCUGCCCCUGGGGUGUGGGCUGCUGGCUGAGCGGUCAAGGUGAGGUCAGAAAGAGCUGCUGGAUGAAGGUGGGUCAGGUGGGGUGGGGGGUGAUUGCUCCCCAAGCCUGGCUCCUUGUGCUUGGUGCCAGGAAACUGGGUUGAGAGAGCCUACCCACCCCCUAACUGCCAGUCCUCUCCCUCCCAUGGCCUCAACACAUAGUCACCCUCACCCAUCAUACCAGCCACCCCAUCCUUCCCAGGCCUGGCUAAGUGGGGAGCGCAGUAGCCCCAGCCCCGGUACAGUGGUGAAGCCUAGGGCCAGGGAGCUGAGGAUCAGAGCCCAGAGGAGCCGUGUCUGCUUUUGGCCCUGUCAUCUCACACCCCACCCCUCCCAGCUGGGACCUGACUUCCUGGCUCUGGGAUGGGUCUGAUUCAGGUCAGUAGCCUUCCCAGAGGCCUGUGUGCACCUGGGCCUCUUGUCUGGGUGGUUUUCUGGCUUAGCCACAGGGCAUCCCCGGCCCACCCUCUGGCCCCAGAGCGCAGGGAGGUGAGAGCUGGGCCGGCCUAUUGAUUGCGUGGUCAGCUCCGUGGUAUUCACAGCCCCACUUCCCUCGAUCCCAGUGAGAAACAGGGAGGUCCUCCAAGGAGUGUGGGGAGGAGUGUGGGCCUGGAGCGAGGAGGGCUGCCCAGGCCAGCCGGGCCGCCGUGGUGCUAGCUGCAGGCCCGUCAGUAUUGACCUUCUCACCCGUCUUGGUGCUCCAGUGCCCCAGUUGCACUCUUCCAUCAGAUCUGACGAGAGGAAACCGGGUGUGCGUGGCCCAGGUCCGGAGAUGGCGGCCGACCUUUUCCCUUGAGUUUGUGUUGCUCUGCGUGUUGUACUAGUUUUGUCCUUCCUCUUCUCAUAUCAGUAUUGCGCCUCCCCAUCCACUUUUACGCUUUGUCUCAUUCCUGUUCUCACCCUCCCACCGAAUGAAUAAAGUCUCCCCAGCUCCGGCUGCAUGGGCUGGGCGGAACCGGGA